ACUCAUGAAGACUGCCCUUACUCUCUUUCUUUAUUCCAACUCAGAGAGGGGGAUAAACUCGUGAAACUCAAUGGGAAACCUCUUUCAGAAUGCAGUCCAGAAGAAUUCUGCCAUCGCCUGCCGAUGUCUGAUGGCCAACGUACAUGUGUCGCAUGGGAAGUAGAACAGAACCAAGGGACUGAACAGUCCAAUGAACAUGGAUCAGCAUCUGCUAGGUGUGCGAUGCAGAGCAGCUUUGACGUGACCGUCAUUGUUAUGCUGUGCGAUGCCGAAAUCACGGUGUUGCAUGCAGAUGACACCAACUCUGUCAGCAUGGAGACCUGCUCUUACAGUGUCAUUUCUAGUAUAUGUAAGGCGAUUCAAGUCAUUCACGGCAACAACAGCUACCUGGUGUGGACCCCCACUGGACCCAGCUUUGAAGGCACAAACAGUGGCGAAAUAAAAAUGCUUACCUUGAGGACUAAAGGGAAAGAUUACGUUGGCUUUCGGUUUCGAGCUGCCUCUAAGUUUCGCUUUCUGAAAUGCUGGAAAGAUGAGAAAAAUAAAAUACUCAUGGUAUCUGCCGAGCCAAAUGAGACACUCCUGGCCUUCACAGAGGGAGAACUAUCCAAGGGCAUAAAGUUGGAGAACAUGAAAUCCUUUUUAUUUCAGCGUGAAGGGGUGACAGACAGUUGCAAGUUUCAGUCUUGUGAAUUGCCUAACAAUUUCCUUCAGAAAAAUGGGAAUGAGAUAGCAAUUAGCAAUAAAACAGCCUCUGGGUGUGAUUUUAAAAUAGUGCAAUCAAAUGCAAAGCAGUAUGGCACUGUAGAUCUCGACCAUGGAGAGUAG